UACUUAUGGAUGUGUGCAUAGUUGUAAUGUGAGCCAAUUCUGAUUAAUUCGUUUUAAAUUAAUACAUUCCGAGAUAUUUAUGUAUUUGGAGUGACUGAAGUACAGACAAAAAAUGAUUAAGCAAACGCAUAUUGAGUUAUUAAAUAUUGAUGGAGAGUUAGAAACUCUUCCCGCAGAUACAUACACCGUUCAGCAAGCAGUGAAUCUCUUAGGAUUUGGAUGGUUUCACGUUAAACUAUCACUUUUUGUUGGUCUAUGUUGGAUGGCCGACUCUAUGGAAAUGACCAUACUCAGUAUCAUUGGACCAACAACACAAUGCGAAUGGAACAUAUCUACGUACCAAAAAGCUUUUAUGACAACAAUUGUAUUUUUGGGAAUGAUUAUUAGCCCCUCAUUUUGGACUCAAUUAAGUGAUCGAUAUGGCCGUAAAUCGGCCUUAACUUUUUGUGGUGUUCUGCUUGUAUUGUACAGCUUUCUAAGUUCUGUGGCACCUACUUUUACUUGGCUUAUCAUAUUACGUGCACUGGUUGGAUUUUCGAUAGGGUGCAUACCACAAUCUGUUACGUUGUAUGCCGAAUUUCUCCCUUCAAAACAUAAAGGAAAAUGCGUAAUUCUAAUGGAUUGUUUUUGGGCUUUAGGGGCCUGCUUUGAAAUUGCUUUAGCCUUAGCGAUAUAUCCAAACUUUGGAUGGCGAUGGCUUUUGGGCUUCUCAACGGCACCAUUGCUGCUAUUUACUUCUCUUACACCG